UCACUGCGCGACAUCGCGUGCAGGACUGCGAAGGACGCAGAAGAGACGCUCGGGAUGAAAUAAGUUAAAAUAUAAAGUCAGCAGGUCCUUGUUGUGAUGGCGCUGUCGUGUCUAACUCGAGCCCUGCGCUCCCUGACUCUCUCCCAGCCCGCAUUGGUCUCCUCUCAGGCAGCUGCGUGGAGUAAGCUGGGAGUUCAGGUGCCCAGUAGUGCGGUGAUCCAGUGCAGAGGCUUCCUCACCACAGCCUCUCUGGAGCAGAACAGGGUCAGAUGGAAGCAGAGGGAGAAGUACACCAUCAGGCCUAUCGGAAUGAAAAAGACAGGAGGCAGAGAUCACACAGGAAGAAUACGUACACACGGCAUUGGCGGUGGUCACAAACAAAGAUACCGGUGGGUAGACUUCCAUCGUCUACGGUAUGAAGCCAACAAAGAGGGCCACCCUUUUGAGGAGAAGGUUAUUGAAGUGCGAUACGACCCGUGCAGGUCUGCUGAUAUCGCCCUGGUAGCUGGAGGUGAGCGAAAAAGAUGGAUCAUUGCAACAGAGAACAUGCAGGCUGGAGACAUCAUUAAAACAUCUGGGGUUAUUGGACGCAUGGCAGUUUCGGCCAAUGAGGGAGAUGCUUACCCGCUGGGGGCUCUUCCUGUGGGGACGCUGGUGAACAACCUGGAGGUACAACCUGGGAAGGGAUCAGAGUAUAUCCGGGCUGCAGGCACGAGCGGCGUUUUGCUUCGUAAAGUAAAUGGAACGGCAAUCGUUCAGCUUCCUUCAAAGCAGCAGGUUCAGGUGCUGGAGACUUGCAUGGUCACAGUGGGACGCGUCUCCAACGUCGACCACAAUAAACGGAUCAUCGGCAAAGCCGGGCGCAAUCGUUGGCUGGGCAUCCGCCCUUCCAGCGGCUUGUGGCAGAGGAAGGGAGGCUGGGCAGGGCGCAAGAUUAAACCGCUGCCUCCGAUGAAGGUCUACAUCAACCUGCCCUCAGUCUCAGCGAGCUAACACGGCACAUGUUGGACACGUUUAGCGGAUUGUAGAUUGUUUCUUUGAUCCCUUGGGAUGAAAUCUAACAUUGUUCUGGGAAAUAAAUCUAAAUAAAGACGA